AUGCAGAAGGCCUCGUACUACGACAGCUCCGCGCUCUUCGGGGGUUACUCCUACGGCAAUGGGUUCGGCUACGAGGGCGCCCAGCCGCCUUUCCAGGCCUCUUCCCACCUGGACAGCGACUUCCAGAGGUCCUCCUGCUCCCUGCAGUCCCACGGCAAAAAUAAGGAGCUCAACGGGAGCUGCAUGCGGCCCGCGGAGCCGCCGGCGUCGCCCAACGCCAACAACGCCAACAACGCCAACAGCGCCAACAGCACCAACAGCGCCGCGGGCCAGGCCGGGAAAAACACCCCCGGGAAACCCGGCCUGGGGGCCAGCGGCAGCAUCUCCAAGCAGAUCUUCCCCUGGAUGAAGGAGUCGAGGCAGAACUCCAAGCAGAAGAGCGGCUCGCCCGGCGCAGAAUCCUGCGGUGGCGGCGGCGGCGGCGGCGGCGGCGGUGGUGGUGAGAAAAGCCCCCCGGGCUCCUCGGCCUCCAAGAGGGCGCGCACGGCCUACACCAGCGCCCAGCUGGUGGAGCUGGAGAAGGAAUUCCACUUCAACCGCUACCUGUGCCGGCCGCGGCGCGUGGAGAUGGCCAACCUGCUGAACCUCAGCGAGCGCCAGAUCAAGAUCUGGUUCCAGAACAGGAGGAUGAAGUACAAGAAGGAUCAGAAAUCCAAGGGCAUGGGCGGCUCCUCCUCGGGAGGGCCCUCGCCCGCGGGCAGCCCCCCGCAGCCCAUGCAGGCCUCGGCCGGGUUCCUCAACGCCCUGCACCCCAUGAGCGGCGCCUACGAGGCGCCGUCGCCGCCUUCCUUCGGCAAACCCCACCAAAACGCCUACGCCGUGCCCAACCCCGGCUACCAGGCGGCCCUCAAGGGUUGCCCGAGCCAGCAGAAAUUCGCCGGGGCCGCGGCGGCGGCGGCAGGGGCCGAGUACGAGCCGCACGUGCUGCAGGCCAACGGCGCGGCCUACGGCGCCAUGCAGGGCAGCCCCGCCUACGUCGGAGGGAACUUUGUGGAUGCUCUGCCCGCCUCGGGCCCGGCCCUCUACGGCCUCAACCACCUGGGCCAGCAGCACCAGGCCGGCGCCAUGGACUACGGAGGGGUCCCGCCGGGCCAGCCCCACGGACCGUGCGAGAGCCACGCCACCUACGCGGAGCUCUCGUCGCACCACGCGACUUCUCAGGGCAGAAUCCAAGAGGCGCCCAAGCUCACCCACCUGUGA